ACUUUCAAAUAUCGCCCUGUUGCCUCAGAAUAAGAGCUUGAUCUGAGCGAGUUUAGCAGUUGGUCGUAGCUCUGAGAGAGGGUGUUUGUAUGAGCGACACCUCUCGAUUUUGUCUUGCCGCCAGUUUUUUUCUGCUACACCUCCGGUCUGCUGAUCUCGGAGUUUGGCAUCCGCCAAGUACCCAGGACUUUGUCCUGCACCGCUUUGCUUCCCUGCCCACACUCUCUCCCUGUGCGAUCUUUGGCAGACUCUUGGCUUUCAGUAUCAUUUUGUGGAGGAUAUUUCCCUAAUUAAUGUUUCCAGUGCUGAUCUGGGGACCUAUAAUCCAGGUGCCUGCUUGACUUCUCUGGCUGCGUGUCUAAUAGCCCAGACUUGCCCAGCUCCUCAAACCUGUUCCACUCCCAGCCCUUCCUCCUCACUUGUGGCUCCAUCUUCCAAGGUCUCAAGCUUGAAACCUCCCAUUGUCCUGGAGUCUUGUUCUUUUACCUUCCACACUGGGUCCAGCAGCAGGGCCCCUUGGCUCUCUGUCCACAGAACCUUGAGGGACUGUGCCUUCAGGCUCUUCUGCUGCUACUGCUCUCUGGACUGGGCAGCUCUUUGAUGGUCUUCCUGCUCAGCUGUCACCAGCCACCCCGUGGUCAUCCCAUGUCCACUGGGAAACCAGAGCCAUCUUUUAAUUGCUUUUAUUUAUUGAAGCAGUUUAGCAUGUACUUUGCUACGUAUAAACUAAUAUCAUGAAUGUCUGUCAGUUACAGAAGGUAAAACUGAAGUGGACAGUGGUGGGCUCACCACCCAUCUUGAGAGCCCAACGGGUGCUCCCAGGGCCCCUUUUUCCAUGAAAUAAAUCAGAAUGAGUUACACAGAAAAACCCGAUGAAAUCACGAAAGAUGAGUGGAUGGAAAAACUCAACAACUUACACGUCCAGCGAGCAGACAUGAACCGCCUCAUCAUGAACUACCUGGUCACAGAGGGCUUUAAGGAAGCAGCAGAGAAAUUUCGAAUGGAAUCUGGGAUCGAACCUAGUGUUGAUCUCGAAACACUUGAUGAGCGAAUCAAAAUCCGGGAGAUGAUCCUGAAAGGCCAGAUUCAGGAGGCCAUCGCGCUGAUCAACAGCCUCCACCCAGAGCUCCUGGACACAAACCGGCACCUUUACUUCCACUUGCAACAGCAGCACCUGAUCGAGCUGAUCCGCCAGCGGGAGACGGAGGCUGCGCUGGAGUUCGCGCAGACGCAGCUGGCUGAGCAGGGCGAGGAGAGCCGGGAGUGCCUGACAGAGAUGGAGCGCACGCUGGCACUGCUGGCCUUCGACAACCCAGAGGAGUCGCCCUUCGGAGACCUCCUGAACAUGAUGCAGAGGCAGAAGGUGUGGAGUGAGGUUAACCAAGCUGUCCUGGAUUAUGAAAACCGUGAGUCAACACCCAAGCUGGCAAAAUUACUGAAACUCCUCCUCUGGGCUCAGAAUGAGCUGGACCAGAAGAAAGUAAAAUACCCCAAAAUGACAGACCUGAGCAAAGGUGUGAUCGAGGAGCCCAAGUAGAGUCUGCAGCGAGCCCCGCACGGAGCUCGUCAUGGCGCUGUCGGGGCCCAGGACCUUCUCGCAGCAGAGAACUCUUCCCCCCUCACUCCUCUCUGACUCAGCACCUUCUCUAAAGGGGAAACCGGCCCUUGGAAGCGCAGGAAAGUGCGUGGUGAAAGACGCUGUCUCCCUGGAAGGCUGGCGCCUGCCCUACGCCACGGGUGCGUGGGGCGCCUGGCUCCUACAGGGCUUUGCCGGCCCCCAGGGCCGGGCCGCUGGGGCAGGAGCAGCACCGCUGGGGGUCUUGCUUCCUGGGGGUGCGUAGGCAGACAGUGUGCUUUCUUCGUUCUCCCGAGUCUCGUCAGGCCUUCGUGUAGAGGUUUUUCCUUACCCGCUUGGUUUUUCAUUUGUUUCUGUUUUUUCAUAGGAAAGACUAUAAAUUUGUAAAUCCUGAUUCACAGACUCCUUUUGUGUGAGGGUACUGGAUUGAUCUGUUCACCCUGUUGGUCUGGGAUGCGUGGUGGCUUUUGGGGAAAUGCGUGUGUGUGAGGAGCGGGCUGUGUGUUUUUAAUUUUUUAAAUACAUAUUUUGGUGCUGGAUGUGGUGAGAGAUUCUUUCCUAGUGGAUCAAUGAACCAUCUCUUCUAGGCAGUUUUGUUGAAAAUAAAGGUUUCUCUUUAAUUUCAAGAAUGA